UAGUCAAAUAAUGCCCCAGGAAAAUCCUUGGAUUUUUUUUUCAGAUUUGUAAAGAUGUCAAUUUUACAUGUUCUGUAUUUUUCUGGUGCUAUAAGACUCACUGUAAUAGGGCAACUUUAAUUUUGGGCACAGGAAAUAGACAACAUUUUGAACACACAUUUAUCUUUUAUGACCCAGUACCAAUGGGAUGAGGUGUAACUACUACCAGGGCUGAUCAAUAAUUAAACACUAUCUGGUAAGCAUUUUGUAAUUCGGUAUAUUGUGAUGUGAAGUACAUGACAACAUAUUUCUUAAUAACUACAAUUUCUUGUCAGUGAAACACCAGAGGCAUUUGACUGAAUAAGAUGAAUGAGUUUAUUCAACCUUCUGUCAUGUGACUUAACACCCUGUGAUCAGAAAAUAUCAUCACAGUAUCUAAAAGGAGAUUUUGGUAUCAUAGCAAUAUUCAUUUUUAUUUUAAUCACCAGCCAGCUGUAACACUUACUCAAUUAAUAAUUUACUCGAUCAAUAGAAAAUGAAUUGGCAACUGUAUAGAAUAAUUGAAUAAUUGUUUUAAGUCAUUUUUAAGCAAUAAUGCCACAUAUUUGCUGGUUCCAGCUUCUUACAUGUGAUGGUCUGAUGCUUUUCUUCAUCACACAUGACAGUAAAGUGAGUAUCUUUGGAUAUUGGACUGUUAGACAGUGUUUGUCAGACCAAACAAAAGAUAUGAAGAUAUUGUCCUGGGCUUUUCCCCCCAGUAUUUCAUGGAAUUAUAUAAAUGAAACAAUUCAUCGAAAAAAUAUUCAGUUGCAACCCUAAACAGAACAUUUCAAUUGACUGAAAAAGUAGUAUGUGUCGCACUUAUUGUUGUGGAUUGUUUGUAUCCCCCUCUAUUACACUUCUCCUCCUUUCUCUUGUUGGGAAUGUUAAUACUGUGUUUUGUAUUGAAUAACCGAUUGAUAAUGUAAUGCGUCUUUCCCAAAAAAAUGUGUGCUACUAAGUUCAUUUUAUAUGAAAGUGUAGAAAUAAAAAAAAUAUCAUAAAGCAAGAGAGAAAUCGUACAUAAAAAGAAGACACUUGAUUUAUUUGAACUCUAGGGGGCAGCGAUGUGCUGCGGAGCGUCUGUGUUACCGGAAACAGGAGAGAAGAGGAAGUCGUGUCCAUGCUGCAGCAAGGGUAGUUGUGAAACAGUGGCGCUGAUGCUGCCAGACUAAAACCUCUGAUAUUUUCAUGUGUUGUGUUGUUCGUUAAAAAGAGUCGUUGUCCUCGUUGGUCAACCAGCUGGUGCAGUGAAUCAGAAAAGAGGAGUUUAAUCUUUCCCAGCGUGAAGAAAUGAGCUCGGUCAGAGAGGAAGGUAAAGACCGAAUUAUCUUUGUCACCAAAGAGGAUCAUGCAACACCCAGCAGUGCUGAGCUCAUAGAGGAAGAUCCCAAUGACCCGUAUGAGGAGCAAGGUCUGAUUCUUCCCAGUGGGGAGAUCAACUGGAACUGCCCCUGCCUGGGUGGGAUGGCCAGUGGUCCCUGUGGGACUGAAUUUAAGGACGCCUUCUCCUGUUUCCACUAUAGUAAAGAGGAGGUGAAGGGCUCUGAAUGCUUGGAGCAGUUCAGGGCCAUGCAGGAGUGCAUGCAGCGUUACCCAGAGCUCUACCCACAGGAAGAUGAGAAGGUGCCGCAAGAACAGACCUCGCAAGAAUCUGGAUCUCCAGAAACACUAGGUACAAACUCAACAUCUACCACGGAGCAAGGCUCUAAUACCACACAACCAAACACAGAGAGCUCAGCGGAAAGCUAAUAAUGAGCCUCAGUGACAAUGAGAGGAACAAGUGUUUAAAGUGUUUAAAAUCACAUUUAGUCAUCCUUUCUUGCAGACAAAAAUGAGGCCCAAGUGUUUUUUAUUGUUAAAAGGAAGGUAAAAGUUUUUGGGGUAAUAUCAAAAAUACUUGUUUUACUCUAGCAGCUGUGGGCGUGUCGGGGGCUGAAUGACCAAAAGAGGAGGGAGAGACGAAGUUUAAAAAAUAGGGAAAAAAAGCUAACACCAUAAUUUACAAGCAGUUUUGUCAGCAGUGGUAAAGAAGAGUAAUGUUCACACCACCAUCCAGACAGGUUGAAAAGUUAUUUGCAGGCACAUUUAGCGUGCUGUUUAGUGUGCUGCAGCUGACCAGCUUUAUAGCCAUCAAGCUGACAUUAGCAGUGCACUUCUAGGUGAAGGUUCGCUUGGCCACUUGUUCAACCACCUAAGGUCUUUGUAAGUUAGUUAGACUUAAGAAGGAAAGCUAAUGUGGGUUGUUGUUCAAAGUUUUUGGCUACUGCUUUAUGAAAAUAUUUUUGUAAUGAUGCACGGACAUCACAUGGAAUCGAAAACUGUUAUUCAGAUAGUUUUAUGCAAGAUCGUCAUGAAACUAAAAAAUAUAAAAGUACAAAAUCUCUAUUUUGGCUUCUAAUUUUUUCUCAAUGCAGAAGACAGAUGUGAUUAAUGUUAUACCAGACAAAAACAUUAUGUUUAAUUUCACUUGGACUUUAAACCAAUAUUUAUGACUAAGCUGGGCUUUUACUUUUGUAAAACUAAUAUAAUGUGGUCCAGGAAAAAAUGACUGUCUAGAAUGUUAAAAUUCAUGUUGUUCAGUGCGGCCUGUGGAUGCAGGCAAAACAAGAUUAAGGAAUCUGUAAUUCAAUCAAGAGCUCAGAAGACCAAGCUGAGCACACGUACUGAGGUGGAUAAUAUUUAUUUUUUACUUUAUAUGUGUUUUAUACAUUUUUCAUUUUUCAUUCUCACAUGUCUGUGCUUUUUUCUUAUGGUGUAAAAAUAUAUAGCAUUUAAAUGGACAAUAUUUGUUACACAAGGUUUAUGUCAGUUAUUUUGCUGAUAAAGUUGCUAAAUUCACAGAGGGGGGAAGAAUGUGAUGAAGAAUAUGUUGUAAGUCUCCAGUGUUGAAUCUUGAGUAGCAUGUUUCCACAGGUGCCCUCUGUCCUAUGGGGCUGCAUUUCUUCUGCUAAUUUAAAAAAAACAGACUUUUUAAAACUUUUACCUCGGCUGAACUCAUCGGAACAACUUGUGUGUAACAUAGGACAACUUAAGUGACUUGAAGUAAAAUACUGUUGAAAGUUAUAUAAUAAAUUGUAUGAAACCCCUAUGGUUCUUGUGAUGUGGUUCUGGUUGUAAACCUCUCCCAUCUGUCCAGGCCUGAUCAUGCAAUGACUGUCAGCGAGAGCAAAUGUGUCAUUAGGACUCACCAGCAUCUAGCAGAGAGUAACUUUGCACUGAACAUAAAAAAGUUGAUUAAGAAACUCUUAGGUCAAACAUUGUCACUGCCUUUCAAAUUUUAUCUGGUUUGCGUUAAUUAAAUGUGUGUCACAUGUUUGCACUGUGAAUUCAGGUAUUUCGGAAAGAAUAUGUAUUAAUUUGUCAUUUAAUUUAAUCAAUACCGUUAAACACUUUAUUUUGUUUGUGCAUUCCACCUUUCUUUGGUGCAAAAUCUUGAAUUUGUAAGCCUGAUUAUCUCUGAUUAAAAUAUUCAAUAUAU